GGUUUAAGGAGUAAAAUAUUUGUUUUCUGGCAUAUCUCAAUUUAAUUACAUUUAUUUGAUGUAUUUGUAGGCAUAAUUGUCUGCCAAUUUAUCCAUAGACCAUCUUUUUUCCAUGUAUUUAUGUGUGCCCUCCAUUUCAGUGAUGUGCUGCUGCACUUGCAGCUCCGCUAAUUUUCCUCUGCUACUAGCGAUGGUGGCAGCUGCUACAGUACGCACCUAGGGGUGCUGUGCGCAUAAACGCAGAUAGCUUCUUCAUCUCUAUCUCGUCUCCAUAUGGUGUCUUGAUGUCAAGCAACGUUAUUUUGUUGGUGUUGGCGUUCGUCUGCAGCAGGGACGCGAAAGCAAUCACUGUAAAGCUCGGAGAUGCCGCCAUCUUACCCUGCAAGAGUGUGCUACAGAGUAAUCAGAAUGUUAUACAGAUUUCAUGGCAGAGAAGGACAAGAGAAAAACCAGUGACGGACAAUUUCUUAAUCAUCAUUGGUGGCAAAGCUGAAUAUAUUAAUGGAAAAGACAACAGAUUUACAUACAUCGGGACAUUUGCUGACAACAAUGGGACUCUCCAGCUAUCUAACGUUCAGCUGAAGGACGAAGGAACAUACACUUGCAUUUUUUCCAUUGCUCCUAUUGGAAGUCUCAGGACGGAAAUAACGUUAACUGUUCUGGUGCCCCCAGAAACGAUCAUAGUCGAUGCCCGUCCCAAACUUGGAGAUGGAGAGGUUCCUCUUGCAACCUGCAUCGCUUCUGGGUCUAAGCCACCUGCAGAGGUGGAGUGGAGGACCGAUGAUCUCAAAGUCAAAUUGAGAACGACAACAAACUCAACUCCUCAUGCCAACGAUACAACAACUACAGCAAGCACACUGUUGGGGACACCCACCAAGGACAUCAACAGAAGUCCUGUCGAGUGUGUCAUUUUCACCGAGACGCUAAACCGAACCCUACCCUACGAAAUACUGAUUAACUAUCCACCUUUGGAGGUGAAAAUUUUUGAAGGACCAAUGAAAGAUAAGAGCUUUACCUGUGAGGCUGAUGCCAGUCCAAAUGCAACAAUUACCUGGAGCAGGUCAGGCAACCCUUUACCUUCCUCCAUCACAGUUCAAGAUGGAAGGCUGAUGUUUAGCAGUGGGACCUCUGAUCUGAAUGGCCUGUACCAGUGUGUGGCAAACAACUCACACGGGAGCAGCCAAAGUUCCCUCUAUCUGCAUUUCCACUCAGGCAGCAAAGAGGGUUGGAUCGCUUUCAUUCUUCUUCUGGUCAUUGUUUUAGCCUUUGCUGUUGCUAUGGCUUUAUACAGACGUGGACAUCUUAAACUUCCAAGCUUUUUUUUGCAUAGAAGAGAUGCAGUACCAACAUCCUCACCAGGUGAAGCUGAGAGUCUUUAAGACCAAUGGGGAGGAGCAUAGCAUGACCUAGAACUACAGAGCUCACCAUCUUCGAUAGAGGCUGAGGCAACAACGACUACAAUAUUCUGCUGCUCAUGGUCGCUUUCCAUAGUUGCCUUAUUUCGUAUGGGGGCUGAAUAUUUUAAUUUGCAAGUUUGGUACUGACAUGCACUGAUUUUGCUGUGUCGUUUUUUGUCCACAGAAAGCAAAAAAUAAAUAAAUAAAAAAUUAAAGAUGCCAAAUUUCCUGGCAUUGUCCAAUAACUACUGACUACACUGUUAAGAAUUCCCUUUCAUACAGGAAAGAAUCCCCCAAACUGUAUAGCCUUGUAUAUGCAUUAAACAAUAGUUACAGGUUACCUCAAAACCCUAGUUAGUUAGUACUUUGUAGUUUAUUACAGUUUCCUAAUACUAUCUGCUUUAUAGCACAGUGCCAUCUGCUGCUGAAAGACGAAAUCUACCGAACAUUGAAUUUCGGUGACGUUUAAAGAACACAAAUCCAGUAAUUUGAUAUGUAACAGCCUUAGCCUUACCUCAGCUUUAGAAAACAAGCACAAACAAGAACAGUCUAGAAAACUACUGAAUUAAAUACUGGAAAUAAAUUAGCAGAUUUUUCUGCCUUUAAAAAUAUUAAAACAGAUAUUUGGCUAUUUAAAUCUAAUUCUUUUUCACUUAGAGUAUUUUACUAUAUUUUUCAACACACUGCAUUAACUUAUCAUUGUAACCAUUAAUGUUUGUACUGCUCCAACUGUUUAGUUGUUAGAGCUGAUCUAGGUUAGUCUAGGGGCCAAAAACAUUCAGAGCAAUAGCCUUUUACCAGAUCACUAGAUCAGGAAUCAAUAGAUCAGAUCACUAGAUCAGGAAAGCAAUUGUUUUCUUAAAAGUUCCAAAAAAAUGAAACCAAGUCAGUCUUCAGCUGAGUUUUAGGCUGAAUGCUGAAUCACUAAGAAAUUAUAGCAUUUCUGCUGACUUUAGCUCUUCCUGUUCACAUAGAAGUGGCAUCCAGGUCAACCAGCCUGCUGGUUAACCACAAUACCUUCCUAACAGCACAGAAACGUGUGAAGCAUUUGAACCUGUCUUAAUGAAUGAGGCAACAUAGCAGCUGUAUGUUCAAAUAGCCUUACCAUUACGAGUAUAGAAUGUAUGCAUACAUGGAUGUAUGUCGUAUUUUUAGACGUGUAACAACAAAGCAGUAACAGCAUUGUGCUUGUAAUAAUUUCAUCAUUAAUGUUACUAUUCUGCUGUUGAAUUAGAAAAAAAGGCUUAAUCUAGUCAGCAGACAAUUUGUUGAGGGAGUAAACUAGGGCUGCAACUAACGAUUAUUUUAAAAAUCGAUGAAUCGGACGAUUAUUUUUUCGAUUAAUCGAUGAAUCGAACAAAAAAUAUUUUUUAUAUUAACCUCUUUAUUCCAAAAUAAACAUUUU